UUGAUUCCGGUGUGGACGCGUUGGCCGUGUUUAUGGCAAGCGGCAGCACGACAGACGUUGUGAACCGCAACAGCCCCGCCACCCCGCCGAACACCCUUAACCUGCGCUCCUCUCAUAACGAACUUCUGAAUGCGGAGAUCAGGCACACGGAGACCAAGAACAACACUCCGCCGAAAUGCAGGAAGAAAUACGCGCUGACUAAUAUCCAGACAGCCAUGGGUCUUUCCGAUCCAGCAGCGCAGCCCCUUCUGGGGAACAGCUCUGCCAAUAUAAAGCUGGUGAAGAAUGGAGAAAACCAGCUCAGGAAAGCCGCCGAGCAGGGGCAGCAGGAUCCCAACAAAAACCUCAGUACCACUGCGGGCAUAAACGUAACUUCUGAGAAGUUUGAGGGCAAAGAGCCAAUCCCGCAGGAUUCCUCUGGCUGUGAAAUACUACCCUCGCAGCCAAGGAGGACCAAGAGCUUCCUGAAUUACUAUGCGGAUCUAGAGACAUCUACUAGAGAGCUGGAGCAGAGUUUUGUUGCAAUGGAAGAUAAAUCUGCACAAAGCAACGGCCAGGCUUCUACUGUGAUUGUCAAUGGGGAAGCCCUGCCCCGGAAACAAAACAACCUGUCAAGCCCGGAGGAUGGCCAAGUUGCCACAGUGUCGUCAAGCCCUGAGACUAAGAAAGACCACCCAAAAACUGGGGCCAAAACAGAUUGUGCCCUCCAUAGGAUUCAAAACCUGGCGCCAAGCGACGAGGACUCCAGCUGGACUACGCUGUCCCAGGACAGUGCCUCACCGAGCUCACCCGACGAAACAGGUAGGCAAGUCAAGGCUGCUGGUCGCCGCUCGUGGGGAGAUGCGUUGCGCGGCUGGAAGGAGAGGGGGGCGAUUUAG